CCAAACCCCACGCGAACACGGCCAGGCUCCCUGGCUGGCUGGCUGGCUCUUCCUCUGCCUCUUCUCUCGUCUUCGCCGCCCUUGCCCCUUUCAGCUCUCCUCUCCAUACUUCCCGCUCCUUCCCUCCUCCCGCUUUGACCACCUCCUCCCCCAUAUCUCUCCUCCCCCCUCCCCUCCACCCACCCAGACAAGCAUCCGAAACAGGAGAGAGAGAGAGGUCGAUAGGCACCGACACGACCCAUGUCAAUGUGGCGCGUCUCCCGCUCCCUCCUCCGCGCCGCCUCGGCCUCCGCCUCGGCGGCCGGGCGCGGCGCCGGCGCCGCGCCCCGCCGCUGGGUCCCGCCGCCGUGCGCGCUGCAGCGCUGCGGGUACGCGUCGCUGCCGGACGCGGCGAGGAGGGACGCGGGGGAGGAGGAGGUGACGGCGGCGGAGGCGAGGAGGCUGAUGCGGCUGGCCAACGUGGAGGCGCUCAAGCGGCGGCUCGGGGACGGUGAGGUGAUCCCCUACGCCGACCUGCUGCGCGCGUGCCAGGACUCCGGCGCGGCCCGGACGCGCGCCGAGGCCGCCGCGCUCGCCGGCGCGCUCGACGAGGCCGGCGUCGUCCUGCUCUUCCGCGACAGGGUCUACCUCCAGCCCGACAAGAUUGUGGAUCUCGUAAGGAAAGCUAUGCCCCUGGCACUGACACCUGAGAAUGAUCCGGGGAAGGAAGAGCUCAAGCAGCUCCAGGUGCAGUUGGAAGACAUCAACAAGCUUGCACACAAGCAGGUCCGGCGCAUCCUCUGGUCUGGUCUGGGUUUCUUGAUCACCCAGGUGGGCCUCUUCUUCAGGCUCACGUUCUGGGAGUUCUCGUGGGACGUCAUGGAGCCCAUCACGUUCUUCACGACUACGACAGGCCUGGUUGUGGGAUACGCAUACUUCCUCAUCACAUCAAGGGACCCAACCUACCGAGACUUCAUGGAGAGGAUGUUUGAGUCUCGGCAGAGGAAGCUGAUCCAGAGGCAGAACUUCAACCUGGACAAGUACCUUGAGCUCCAGAGGCGCUGCAAGGAUCCCCUGGAGAAGGCGUGCGGCACAACCAACCCUGACGUGGCUCAUCUCCAUGAGCUAUCCGUUCACAAAUGACAAACAAUUCACCAUUGCUUCGUUACUCAUUCCACUCUGGGAGAAAUGAUCCCUACUAGCAAAGUAAGCGGUGUUUCUUGCACUUGUGAGAUACCUUUUCCACGGUCUUCUCCUAUGCAAAUGUGUAGGUCAGUACAAUCCUUUUUGUAGCGAUGCUGAAGCACAAGCACCUGAUAGUUGAAAAGGCAAGCUCAUCUGCAUGGCUGGAAGCUUACUCACUACCCAGAACUGCAUUAAUAUUCUGCAGUCUCUACUAAUAUACUGUUUCAUUGUGACUUAGCUUUAUAUAUAUAUCCUAUAUGAAAACUCAUUUGUUGGUAACUAAUGUGGUCCUAAUUAGAGACUUAUAUUUGAUCACGAGCCUUUAGAAAUGUACUUGGAAACGAAUCUGAGGAUUGAUAAGAUUGGUAAUCUGCUGUGAAGGGUAA